AUGAGUUUGUUGAAAUCUUUUAAUGAAUAUCCGCCGUUGGUAUUUACUAACGCCUCGCCUUAUUUUCGGGAAAUUGAACAAGAGUUUGGUGACGAAAAGCAAAUAUACUAUUCUUUUCUCCGGCUCAUUGAUCAUUACAACACUGGGAAACUGACAUCUGGCCAAGUUUUUGUGGGUAUCAAUGUCUUGUUUAAGGGUCACGACAAAUUAAUUCUAGGGUUCAACGCACUUUUCCCUCCUGGGUAUUAUGUAGGUGCAGUUAGACCCCAAUCUGCUAAGCAAACCACUUUAAAACCCAUUCCUAUGGCUUGUUCCAUGAGGACGGUGAAAACAAUUUUAGAUUUGCCCAUAUCUCCCCCAGUAUCACCAGCUAAGCAUCAGGUAGCGAGAAGGUUCACUAAAAGUGUAGAGAAGAAAUUGGGUGGUGAUGAUAAUGAAAAAGAAGGUGGUGACAAUAAAGGGAGAGAAAGAAGUGAAGGUAAAGCGAAAGAAGGUGGUGAUGACAAUGAGGAAGAGGAAGAGCUGGUACCGACAUUGGUGAUUAAAUGCACGCCAGACAGAAAAGGAAAAAGAAAUGCAAGUAACUUUGGCGAAGAGAAGUCGAUAUUUUCAAAGCGAAGAAGAUUGGAUUCUUUUCAAAAUAUAAAUCCCAGACAGAAAAAAGAGCCCAUCAAACUACUUGAGACCACUGUGACGGCACAUCCAAAUAAGCCUUUUGUUUGUACGUCUUUGUCUAGCCCUCCUAAUUACAACAACACAAGUCAAACAAGAGAAGGACCAUCAACAACUAGUAGAUUGGAAGCAAAAUCCAAGGAUAUUACAAACCCAUCUAAGAAAAAUCAAUUGAGACUUUUUGAUCUUAAAGAAGAGCCGUUUCAGCAGAAUAUUUUGGGCUCCUCUGAUUCAUCGACUUUUGGGAAGCAUUCCGCGGUUAUUUUUUUUAUUGUUGAGUAUAUUCGGCGAGUCAAGUACCAUUAUAACAAGGAUCCAGAGGUGUAUGCACAAUUUUUAGAUUUGUUGCACGAUUACCGGAAUGGAAAGGUGCCUGCGAAUGAAGCAUUUGAGCGAGUCAAGGUGUUGUUUAAGCGGACUCCGUCGUUGAUUAAGAGUUUCCAGCGGCUGUUACCCGAUCAUAUUGCACAAAGAACCAAGGAUGAUAAGGAAAAGCGAGAAAAGGCAGAAGCUAAAAAGAGAGAGAAAGAAAAGGAAAAGCAGCAGUCAAUAGAAAAUAAGCCUGAAAAUAAGUUGCCGGCCCAUGAAAGGAGGUCGAGUACACUUCGGUUCAAGUUAAUUACUAAGUUUGGUAAAGGAGCAGGGACGGUUGAUGAUAGAAGGACGUUGAGCAAGAGAAAUGGUGGUGAUGGUGGUGGUAAGAAAAAGGUAGAUCAAGAGGUAUCAUUUGGGUCUUUGGAAGUACCGGUUUUUGCACCUAUAGUGAAUGGAGGCAGUGCCUGCAACCCAAGUGAGAAAGGGGAUUGCGGGGAGAGUAGUAGGUCUGAGAAUCAGAAUGAUGUGAUGAAGAAGUUAAAGGAGAUUAGUACAUCAAAGGAUAUUCGACAGAACUUGAAAAUUGCCAAUAUUCUUAACUGA